UUUCAUACAGCAGUAUUCAAGACAGCCUCCUUUAUCAGCAUACUUACAUAUACAUGAAGACUGCUGGAAUUUACUAAGACUAGGAAGAAUCAAUAAUUUCAUCAGAUGUUUUGUAGAGUACCCCAUAAAACGUAGAUUCUCUCUCUCUCUCUCUCUCUCUCUCUCUCUCUCUCUCUCUCUCUCUGUUUCGUGGCGGAUGCACACAGCAGUGAGCGGGAGGAGGUCAAUCCUUACGGGCGCAGGAUCCGUCUCUGUGGUCAGUGACUCGCACCUCGGCUGGGAAAGUUCCCCACAGCAAAGCAUAAGCCUUCACCCUCAUCCGCAGCACUCAGACCAUGAAAAUGUCCCAGCUGAUGUCUCCACCGCUCCUACCACUGCUGCUGCUGCUGAGCCUCGGCCUGGGUGCUGCAGCACCAGGUGGGAAAUCAAGCCCCUAGUUGUGAGGUUACAGGCGAAAAUGCCAUUGCUUAUAAGAUGGGACUCUGCUUUCCAGUGGCCCGGUCAAAUUUGGAUCUCGGUAUUAGCACCGUCGCAAUCGCCGGUGGCAGACCAGCGUUCUUCCCAAGCGUGGGCACGCUGUUUGGCUCUCCUUCCGAUGACCCGGCGCCGCCCAUACGCUUUGGCGUACCCACAUGGCGUCCCCGGGGCUGAACCUGGCGUACAGGGGCGGGCCACACAGCCGCCGAUCUUGUUGGGAUGACAGACCCAGGACUGUCGCGCAGUGGGCACCGAGUCUUCAUAUCAAUGUGAUACCCUCACAUCUUUAGCCUCCACUUCACUCUGUGACCCAAACUAUAAUAAAGAUCUCACUACUGAA